AUCACAGCACCACCACCACCGGCACUGGAAGCGCCCUGCCAGUGUUGCAGAGUUUCCCGUCCCGCUUGAACGAUGGGUGAUAUCCAGGAGGAAAUCAGGGAAAUCCUCAACAGCCUCAAAGGCCUGGAGAGCUUCGCGUGCGACGAAUGCAUGGAGCUGAUGAAGCAGCUCUGCAGCGUCUACUGGGAGCACGAGGAGUCGCGGGGGGUCAUCUGCGACGUCUUGACCGAUGAAAACUCUGAAGAGAUCUUCAUGAAGGCCCUGCUGGAGCUGUCGGGCAAGGGCCUCAUGAAGGACAACUCCGUGUGGUUCCCUGCCUACUACGUCCUCAACGCCGUCUGGAACUUCAGCGACGCCAGCCUGCAGCUCGCAAAGGCCCUGGGCAAGGUCGGCCUCAUCAAGUACCUGCUCACCAUCCUGAAACACGAGCCCUACCGCGAGCGCUUCAAACAGCAGAAUGUGCACUAUCUGCUCAAGGCGUCGCUCAGCAUCCUGCACAACGUGGCCAAGGCGCCGGCCAACCGGCAGCUGUUCCGCAGCGAGAACGCCAUGGAGACCGUCAUCCCCUACAUGAGCAUCAAGGACAACUUCCUCAAGGUGGUGGCCAUCAUGCUGCUGGGCUACAUCAUCGACGAGAGCGAAGCCGAGCUCAUCAUGGACAAGUCGAAUGCCAUCAGCAUCAUGGUUGGGAUGCUGAAUAAGGCGAUCGAAAACGGCCGCUACAAGGGCUUCACGGCGGAGGAGCUCACGGAGGCCCUGUCUCUCAUCGCCACCUCUGAGAAGAACAAGCAGAAGAUCCACGACGAGGGCGCCGUGCCCAUCAUGGUGCAGCUCAUGAGGUCGGGCAAGAGCAAGGAGCAGCGCUUCGCCGCCAAGGUGGUCUGGCAGAUUUCCUUCGACGAGGAGAUCCGCACCGUCCUGCAGAAGGACGAGGAGCUCCUGCAGCAGCUGGAGGAGCUGUCGAGCUCCCAAGACAAGGACGUCGCCGCCGUGGCUGAGGGCGCGCUGUGGGUCAUCAACAACAAGGGCAGCGAGAAGUCCCGGCAAAACCAGGCCGUCAAAGACGGGGGUGCCUGCACAAACCACAUCAUGAUCAGCUAUCAGUGGGACUACCAGGCCGUGCUCAUCCAAGUGAAAGAUAGACUCAAGAGCCAGGGCUUCCGCGUGUGGAUGGACGUGGAGCAAAUGGAGGGCUCCACGCUGCAGGCCAUGGCGGAGGCCGUGGAGAACGCCGCCGUGGUGCUCGUCUGCUGCUCCCAGAAGUACAAGGAGAGCCCCAGCUGCCGCACCGAGGCAGAGUACACGUUCCAGCUGCACAAGCCGGUCAUUCCUCUCAUGAUGGAGCGCAAAUACCGGCCCGACGGCUGGUUGGGCAUCAUCGUCGGUGCCAAGCUGUGGAUGGACUUUGGCACAAAUACCAACUUUGAGCAGAACUUCAACAAACUCGUCAAGGAGCUGCACGGGCGCGGGCGUGACAGCGAAGGCGACACCAUGGACGGCCCUGUGAAGGCCGCGGCCUCCUCCUCGCUCUCGGCCACGCUCGUCCAGCCCAGGGGCGCUGCCAUCGAAAAGCUGCAGGCGUGGGGGUCCACCGACGUGGCGCGCUGGCUCACAGAGAGUGGCCUGGAGAGCUGCCUGGCUCUCUUCAGCAGCUACGACGGCCGCCUGCUUCUCCGGCUGCUGGAAAUCCGCAAGGAGUCUCCUGAAUUCUUCUUCCGGAGCCUCAAGAGGGACAUGGGUUUCAGCUCGAUGCGCGAGAUUCUGAUCUUUGUGGAUGCCGUGGAGAAACUGGAGCUCUGAAGACCGCAGGAGAGAGACACGGUGUUGGGGACGAGGGCUCAGAAUCCCGCGGAGAGGAUGUCGGGCUCUCGUCACUUUACCGCACGUGCACAAAUCCCCUCAUUGUUUUCCACACAGGAACAAAUCUGAACCGAUUACGUUCACUCUGAAGAGAAUGAUUUAGAGGCGCGGACAUGGGCGGAGUUUGUGGGGGGGGGGCACGGUUUGGCAACGCCGUCCAAACUGGACACCUUUAUUGAUUUAUUUUUAGUAGUUUACAAUUAAGAUUACAAAGAAACAAAUGAUAUUCACCCACGCUUUCUAAUGUGAGGGACAAAGCGAACCCCUGUCCGGUCCAAAUAUACAAGUCAAACUCUGCCUAUGGACGUGAGAAAACACACAAGUGCUUGGGAAGGCAGCCAAAACUGGCGCCAACACAUUGCCCAAGUACUGUGGCCGUAUAUUGGGAUGUGUGGCCAUCUGCAAUCGGAAGUUUGUCGGUAUUUUUUGUGUCAAAAAUUUCAACCGUGUCAUCACUUUAACCGAGGAGUCUUCGCUAUAUUGAUUGGUAUGCAAGAUGGAACAUCUCUUCCGUGGUGAUAAACACCACAAGGUUAAGGUCCACUCCACCUUUUCAGCGGAAACAAUGAGCGUCCUCUUAACUUUGAUUACAAAAUCGCCGCAUCUUCAUCAUCGAGACUCCGAUCAUAGCGGUGUGGUGAUGAUGACGCAUUCCGGGCCGACGGUGGUGCCAUUGGUGGCGCUGGAGAGGGCUGCAUUCCACCGAUGGCACCAUGCUUGCAUCGUGACCGAGGUGUUAGGGAAUAUGUUGCUAGCAUUUCAACCGUGCAGUUGCAAAGGCUGUUUAAUUAUAAAUUAUUAUAAAUUGGCG